UCAUCCAAUCCAAGACACAUCAGAAUGCACAAGGAAGACUUCAGUGCCUCCAACACCUUUUCACACACUGCCACCCAACAGCCGUGCCCAUCCACCAGACAUCAUCACACAACACUACCCCCAGGGGCGGAAUGGCUUCAAUAACUCAAACAUGUGCAAUGAGAAGAAUAACAAUAUUCAGUAUACGACUAGCCUACAGGACAAUCUGAAGUGCAGACCACCUCCUAGCUUCCCCCGCCCUGGGGAGCAGCAGAGGGGUUGUAGGAUGCAGGAAUCCAGUAGUACACAGGACAAGGAGAAGAAGAAAAGUUCUUCUUUCACUGGAACUAUACAGCUCGGAGGAGGAAGUAAUCAAGAAACACUUGUCAUUGCAUCAACAUGCCUGAAGAGUCUGCUGAAAGCUGCUAACCUUUUUAGCAUGCCACAUGAAUGGAGAGCUGAUUCAGAUAGACAAUGAGGAGGAUGACUCAUCAGAGGUG